AUUUGGUUCGUUGGGAUCUGGUCACCCUGACUACUUAUAUGUAAUCCUUCUAUUCAAACAGCCUAUAAUGACAUAAAGUCACAUGUGGUUUCCUCUCAGAGCCGGUCCCUUAUAGGAAGUGAACUGUGCAGCUUUUACUUCCUGUAUAACGUGGCUGGCCACAGCACCAUAAGGGAGGAGGAGGGAGGGGAGAAUUACAACACAGUCGAGAGACCCAGCGAAACCGUAAACAACAGAUAAAGUCUGCUCUGUGAGCUCACAUGCAAAGCAGGAAGACUUUUCUCUUUUCCCGUCCUCCGCCCACGCCUUUCAGUGAACAUGACGACAGACGUCAGGCUACAGGUGAGGGAGGAGGAGGGCAGAGACGUGCCCAAACAAGGGUGGAGAAUGUGAGCAGGUAGCUGCACUCUGGAGAGUCCCUUCACACCUUCACAGUUGCAUCCAGUAACUACAGAGACCUGACUGUAUAAGGAUCUCUGCAGGGAGGUAAACCAUUCUGCUGCUGAAGGAGACGAGUUGCCUCACCAUGGAAACACACACAGAAGCACAAAGGCCCGGUAACGGCCAGCUGAUCUUUGUGCCUCACAAGGACACAAUCCGUCUGCUGGAGGUGUACGUGAAGCGCAGCCUCAGCGUCAAUGAUGGGACAGAGGUGAACAGGAAGGCCAGGAGGAAAGACAAGUGGGUGACAAUGCCAAGAAAGCAGAGACGCCAUUCCAGCGACCCUUCCCUUCACUUGAGCGAUGGAUUUAACGACGGGGAAAUUGGUGUAUUUUCUGCAGUCGAACCUGCCGCAGAUCAGCCCGAGGUGCGUCUCGAGGAAUCGGAGAAACCAACCAAAAAAUCAAAGAAGAACAAGAAGAAGCCCUCGCUAUGGAAAAGUUUCCUUGGUAUUUUCUCUCGGAACAGUAGCGAUGAGAGAGAUGAGGAGCAGGACAGUCCAUCAGAAAUACCCAUGGCCUCCUCAGGAGACGAGGCCUCUGACGUCAUGACUACCUGUCUGCCCACAACUCCCGCCAUUUCACAGAAAAGAAAGUCCUUUAGAAGGAAAUCCAUUAAAAGAAGAUUAUCCAGAAGGCUAUCUCUGACGAGACCAAAUAGAAUUGUUAAAGACCUCAUCCCUGCUGACAUCACCCGAGUUGAAGCCAUCGUUAGCGUGGCACCGACAUACCAAUAUUACGAGAAGGUGUCAGAGGUACUGGAAAAAAUCAUCGACGAGGAGAGGAAGAAAGAGGAAGUUGAACCUCUGACUGAUGAGGAAGUAAUCGACAGGAUCAUUGCUUUGACGAAGCAGGAGGGUGAUGCCAUAGAGUACAAGCUGAAAGACAACCCCACCCUGAGCAACUUCUUCCAGGGGAUGUCGUACUCUUCCUUCCAGAAGUUGGCCGAUGCGUAUCUGGAGACGGAAGCAUCGCCGACCCACAAUCCUCCCACUGUACUACCGACGGCCCCUGAGCUGGUCAAGCUGGCCUUCACGCUGGACUUUACCGCCAGGGUAGCCAGGCUCUCCAAACAGAACAUCGGUCACAUUACUGGCCUGGGGAACCGUUAUCUAGAGGACCGAUUUGAGUACACGCAGGCAUGUUCAGAUCAUCCAGUGUCCGACACCGAUGACUGAGAGGCAGCCAUGCAAAAAUGAAAACAAAACUUUUCUCAGCACCACAGAUGUCGUUCAGGAUGUGUUGCAAGCACAAGGUUCCCCUUUUUAUGAACACAAUGGACUACCUAACACACAUUUUAAGCUUGUGAACAAACAAAUUGUUUUCCUUUUAUUUGAUUUUGUACUGUCGCGUGAUGGAAAACUUGCAACAGGAUCUCUUCUGAAAAACCAGUUGAACGGCUUUGGUAGAUUUGAGUGUUGACUGACGUCCUUCACAUGAAGGAUCAACUUAAAAACUAAGCACAGUCUUAAAACGUGGCAUUAUUUCAGACUCACAAAUAGCUGAUUCUACAAUGAGACUAAAAAUGUGAUGCUCUACUUUCUGUACAUUGAUUUGUAAUAAUACAAUAGAAUAACCUUUGAUGUAUAUAAGCUAGACACCUCUGUGCAAUACUUUUUAUAUUUUGUAUAUAUAUAUAUAUAUAUAUUUCUAGGAUUUGAAAAUGAGCAAAACUUUAUUUAAUAGAAGCUAAACUGAAAUGUGACAUGAUUGUUUGUUGAUAUGAAUGCUGGCAUUUGUAUGACAUACUCAAAUAAAAGAUGUUGAAUUUAA